UUGCCGCGCUCCGGGGCAGGGCUGCGCCCGGCUGCCGGGGUCUGCGCCGCGGAGCAGCGGGAGGAUUGCGCCCUGCUGCGCGGGAGGGUUUCCGCGGCCGAGGAUGCGGGCGGGGCCCCGGUGGAGCAGCGAUGUGACCCCCGGGGAGCCGCGAUGGCCGUGCCACCCACAGCAGGGGCCUGGGACCACCACGCAGCGCCCGCAACGCAUGAGGAGGAGGAGGAGACGGUGCCCACCGCGCCGCUCGCCACUCUCUGCAGAUGAGACCCCUCGCCCAGGUGCUCGCGCUCCGCCGGCGAUCGCUCCGCGCUGAGCUCGGCACAGAGACAUGAGCGGCAGCACGGGCCAGCGCGCCGCCGUCCUCGUGGCCCUCUUCGCCCUGGUCACGCUGCUGAUCAUCUACAGCUCGAGCAGCGGGAACGAGGUCUUCCGCUACGGCCCGCUGCGGGGCAGGGCCCGCCGGCCCCCCAACCUCAAGAAAUGGGGGGUCCAAACCGGGUACCUGCCCGUCUGCGGGAACAAGACCCUGACUUCCCACUGCCACCAGUGCGUCAUCGUCACCAGCUCCAGCCACCUCCUGGGCAGCCGCCUGGGCCCGGAGAUCGACCGGGCCGAGUGCACCAUCCGCAUGAACGAUGCCCCCACCACGGGCUACGAGGCGGACGUGGGCAGCAAGACCAGCUUCCGGGUGGUGGCUCACUCCAGCGUCUACCGCGUGCUGAAGAGGCCGCAGGAGUUCGUCAACAAGACCCCGGAGACCGUGUUCAUCUUCUGGGGGCCGCCGGCCAAGAUGCAGAAGAGCCUGCUGAAGAUCAUCCAGCGCCUCAGCGUGUCCUUCCCCAACACGACGGCCUACGUCGUCUCCCCGGGGCGCAUGAAGCAGUUUGACGACUUGUUCCGGGGAGAGACGGGGAAGGACAGGGAGAAGUCGCGGUCGUGGCUCAGCACCGGCUGGUUCACCAUGGUGAUCGCGGUGGAGCUCUGCGACAACGUCCACGUGUACGGCAUGGUGCCGCCCAACUACUGCAGCGGGCGGCCCCGGCCCCGGCGCCUGCCGUACCACUACUACGAGCCGAAGGGCCCCGACGAGUGCACCACGUACCUGCACAACGAGCGGAGCCGCCGCGGCAACCACCACCGCUUCAUCACCGAGAAGCGGGUCUUCGCCGCCUGGGCCGCCCUCUACAACAUCACCUUCUCGCACCCGGCCUGGGCGUAGCGGCGGCCCCCGCCGCGGCAGGCGCGCGGCCCAAAGCCGCCUUUUCUUUCUUUUCUUUUUUUUGCACCGGAUGACGGACGUUUUGGUGGGUUUUUCUCUUUUCCCGCCUGCUGGCCCUCGUGGUCCUAUUGCUUUUUAUUUUUUUUUCUUCCUUUUCCUAAGAAAAACUCGACUCGCCGUGUCACUGGAUGCAAAGCGGUUGCACCCAAAGGGGCUCGGACCCCCCCCCCCACACACGCUGCCCAGGGCUGGGUGCCAGCAGGCACGGGCUGGGGGGGUCGGAGAUUUUUUUAUAUUAUUAUUAAUUCCUCAGCAGCAGGGAAGUAACUUAGGGGGUGUCCCUGGGGCGGCGGGGCCCCGCAGCCGCCCGGCGGAGGGUGGCUCCGUGCCUCAGUUUCCCCGUGGUAGCCACGGAGCCGGCGGCAGCGGGGGGGUCGCCAGCGCCAGGGCCAGUUGCGGGGGGCCGGCACGGCGCCCACGUUUUGUAAGCGAUUUGUACAGGAAUAAAUAUUGCUACGGUCUGUCA